AUGGUCGAGGUUAACAGUACAUACGUAUCAAUUUUGAAUAGGUAUCGUGUACAGAUUUCUGAGACGGCAAACUACCCCAAGCAUCUGAAAAAGCUACUUACUGAACGCCUUCCAAGUGUACAGUUUGUUAAAUCCCUGCGUAAAAAUGAGCCUGAUAGGAUCGUUCUUCCAAGAGCAGUUAGCAAAG